AUUAAAAGCUGCCCUUUUUGAGCUAUCUGUCUCUGGUUUAUUUUUGUUCCUUUCUGUGUCUUUUUUCUUCUCUUUGUUGUGGAAAGAAAAUGGCAUCUUGGGUUUUGUUUAUUUCAGUCAAAUGAUGAUGAUUAUUGUGUUAAGCUGGGGGGAUCUCGAUGAUGGUCAAUCAGAUCGGACCCUCUGCGGUUGGUCAUUGCAUUUAUUUAGUGAUUUUAUAGUCUGUAUAAGAUCAGAGAGUCAGAGAAUCAUGACAUAUUAUAUUCUACCUCUUGUCCCGUUUUUUGUAAUAUUUCUUGAAGUAGCAUUUCUUGGAUUUCGAGUUUGGUUAAGGGCUUUCAUAUGGGAAAAGGAGGAGCAUUGGUUUAAGGAGGAAGAUGAAGAAACCACUCUGAAUUAGUUGAUGAUGUGGGUUGGUGUUCCUUUUUCAGCUUCUGUAUAAAAAAGAAAUGAAACCAAGGGGUUCUUCCUCCUUUUUUCCAACAGCUGUUUAACUCGUUCCGUGUGGCCUGCUUGCAAGGUUGACAUUUUUACAUAAGCAGAAGCAGAUCAAAGGCUUGUAUGCUCGAAUGCAAGGAAAUUUGGUGUCUCCAGCAUUCUUUGCUCUUUAUUUACUUGGAUGUGCCUACAAUUCUGAAAGAUAGUUCCUUCAGAUCGUUUACUGACUACAACAUUCAAAUUGACAUGCCAUCUAGUAUAUUUGUUCUGUGUUUUGGCUGUCGGAUCUGGUCUGGCAGUUUGAUUCAGAUGCAUGACUUACGUAUAUCUUUUAAAGCAUUCGAAGCUCCACUUUUCUGGCUUGUCUUGUUAAGUAUUGAUUCCCGUCGUUGACUUUGCUCUGCAGAUGCAAGAUAGUUUGUGGACAUAUUGGAUGAACAAGUCGACAAGCAGUAUAGAGUGAUCUCCUAUUUGGUAUAAUGUCUAUGGAGCGCAGCUCGAACGUGGAUAUAGAAAUGCGUGUGGCUACUAAUUCGACGAGUCAUGCAAAGGCCGAGGACAGACCUGAAAAGAACAAAGAAGACGAGAAAACUAAUACAGUUCCAUUUCACAAGUUGUUCUUGUUCGCAGAUUUCACCGAUAUGGUUUUGAUGCUUGUGGGUACAAUAGGUGCUGUUGGCAAUGGCUUAGGUUUGCCCCUCAUGACAGUACUUUUUGGGCAAUUGAUUGAUUCAUUUGGAACUAACCAGAACAGCAGAAAUUUGGUGCAUCUUGUUUCCAAGGUAUCUCUGAAAUUUAUCUACCUGGCAGUGUUUACUGGUGUGACGGCAUUUCUUCAGGUGACUUUCUGGAUGGUCACGGGAGAGAGACAGGCCGCUCGGAUUAGGGGGUUGUAUCUGCGGACUAUAUUGAGACAAGACAUUGCCUUUUUUGAUAAGGAAACAAACACAGGAGAGGUUGUGGGAAGAAUGUCCGGUGAUACCGUUCUUAUACAAGAUGCCAUGGGUGAGAAGGUAGGAAAGUUCAUACAGCUUGUGUCGACGUUCAUAGGAGGAUUUGUCGUCGCAUUUACUAAAGGGUGGCUACUUACUUUGGUCAUGUUAUCAUCCAUUCCUCCCAUCGUGGUUUCUGGUGGCCUCAUGGCCCUGAUCAUAGCCAAGAUGGCAUCACGAGGACAAAGCGCUUAUGCAAAAGCGGCAAAUGUUGUAGAACAAACAAUAGGGUCAAUUAGAACAGUAGCAUCAUUUACUGGGGAGAAGCUGGCGAUAGCAACUUACAACAAGUUCCUUGUGGAUGCGUAUAAAUCGGGAGUUCAUGAAGGCAUGACCGCUGGACUAGGUCUUGGUACAGCCUUGUUGAUUCUCUUCUGCAGUUAUUCACUGGCAAUAUGGUUCGGAGGAAAGAUGAUUCUGGAAAAAGGAUAUACCGGGGGUCAAGUACUUAAUGUCAUCGUCGCUGUCUUAGCUGGUUCAAUGUCCUUAGGACAGGCCUCUCCGUGCAUGACCGCAUUUGCCGCUGGCCAAGCUGCAGCAUUUAAGAUGUUUGAGACAAUCAACAGGAAGCCCGAGAUUGAUUCCUGCGACACCCGUGGCAAGACGUUGGACGAAAUUCGUGGAGUCAUAGAACUUAAUGAUGUUUAUUUCAGCUACCCAGCCAGACCAGAUGAGCUGAUAUUCAACGGAUUCUCUCUUUACAUACCCAGCGGCAUGACUGCGGCCUUGGUUGGGCAAAGUGGAAGUGGAAAGUCCACUGUGAUCAGUCUUAUAGAGAGGUUUUAUGAUCCGCAAGCCGGUGAAGUGCUCAUCGAUGGCAUAAAUCUGAAGGAGUUUCAGCUUAAAUGGAUACGGAGUAAGAUCAGCCUUGUGAGCCAGGAACCUGUGUUGUUUGCAUCAAGCAUCAAGGAUAACAUUGCGUAUGGGAAAGAGAAUGCAACCAUCGAAGAGAUAAGAGCAGCCGCUGAAGUAGCCAAUGCUGCUAGAUUCAUUGACAAAUUGCCCAAGGGACUGGACACAAUGGCCGGCGAACACGGUACUCAGCUCUCUGGAGGACAGAAGCAAAGAGUUGCCAUUGCCAGAGCAAUUCUAAAAGAUCCUAGGAUUUUGCUUUUAGACGAGGCCACAAGUGCACUAGACGCAGAAUCAGAGAGGAUUGUACAAGAGGCAUUGGACAGGAUAAUGGCUAAUCGAACCACUGUCAUUGUAGCACACCGUUUGAGCACCAUCAGGAACGCUGAUAUGAUCUCUGUCAUUCAUCAAGGAAAGAUAGUGGAGAAAGGUACACACACGGAACUGCUAAAAGAUCCCAAUGGAGCGUACAGUCAGCUAAUACGACUCCAGCAAGUAAAUGCAGAGCAAGAUCGAGCAACAGAUGACCAAAACAAACCAGAAAAUCUCCUUGACGGUAGACAAUCGAGUCAAAGAUUGUCCUUGAAAUCCAUAAGUCGGGGAUCAUCGGGCGUGGGAAAUAGCAGCCGCCAUUCCUUAUCUAUCUCGUUCCGUCUGGCCACAGGAUUGAAUGUCCCUAAUGGUGCACCAGCAAAUACAGAGUCCUCUUCUUUGGAGAAAAAAGAAGCAGCUGCAGAAGUUUCUAUUUGUCGGCUAGCAUAUCUUAACAAACCAGAAGUUCCUGUGCUACUACUAGGAUCUAUAUUUGCGAUCAUUGCUGGUGUGGUAUUCCCCAUUUUUGGCAUACUAUUAUCUACUGUGAUCAAGACAUUUUAUGAAGUACCUCAUAAACUGAGGAAAGAUUCAAAGUUUUGGGCAUUGAUGUUCAUGACUCUUGGCCUGGCAUCAUUAGUCGUAUAUCCAGCAAGUACGUACUUCUUCUCGAUAGCAGGUUGCAGAUUAAUCCAGCGGAUAAGAUCUAUCUGCUUUGAGAAGGUGGUACACAUGGAGGUGGGUUGGUUCGAUGAGCCGGAGCACUCCAGCGGUGUCAUUGGCGCGAAACUAUCAGCAGAUGCAGCAACAGUGCGGGCCUUAGUUGGGGAUGCCCUAGGCCAGCUUGUUCAAAACAGCGCAUCUGCAGUUGCUGGUAUAGUCAUCGCUUUUGCGGCUAGCUGGCAAUUGUCAAUCAUAGUCCUUGUGUUGCUCCCUCUGAUAUUUGUUAAUGGAUACAUCCAAGUAAAAUUCAUGAAAGGAUUUAGCGCAGAUGCCAAGAUGAUGUACGAGGAAGCCAGUCAAGUAGCUACUGAUGCAGUUGGAAGCAUCAGGACUGUUGCUUCUUUUUGCUCUGAAGAGAAGAUCAUGCAACUUUAUGCUAAAAAAUGUGAAGGGCCAAUAAAAGCAGGAGUUAGACAAGGGUUGAUUAGUGGAGUCGGGUUUGGCCUAUCUUUCUUCUUACUUUUUGCGGUCUAUGGUACCUGCUUCUAUGCUGGAGCUCGACUUGUCCAGGAUGGCAAGACAACAUUUUCAGAAGUUUUCCGUGUGUUUUUUGCCCUGACCAUGGCAGCUGUUGGAAUUACUCAGUCAAGUUCCAUCACUCAGGACUCCAACAAAGCCAGGAGCGCAACUGCCUCAGUUUUCGAAAUCAUAGACAGAAAAUCAAAAAUAGACCCUGGUGAUGAGUCUGGAGAAACGCUGGAAAAUGUGAAGGGAGAAAUAGACCUUCAUAACGUCAGCUUCAAGUAUCCUUCUCGCCCGGAUAUACAAAUUUUCAAAGAUCUUAGCUUGACCAUUCAUUCCGGCAAAACAGUUGCCCUAGUUGGAGAGAGCGGGAGUGGGAAAUCGACUGUAAUAGCUCUGUUGCAACGGUUUUAUGACCCCGAUUCUGGUCACAUCACACUUGAUGGGUUCGACAUUCAGAAGCUUCAGUUGAAGUGGUUUAGGCAGCAGAUGGGCCUUGUGAGCCAAGAACCAGUUCUGUUCAACAACACAAUCCGUGCCAACAUAGCCUAUGGAAAGGAUGGAGAGGCAACAGAAACUGAGAUCAUGACUGCAUCAGAGUUGGCAAAUGCCCAUAAAUUUAUCAGUAGUUUGCAACAGGGUUAUGACACAUUGGUAGGCGAGCGUGGAGUCCAGUUAUCUGGUGGGCAGAAGCAGCGGGUGGCCAUUGCACGUGCUAUUGUGAAGGAUCCAAAGAUACUCCUCCUCGACGAGGCUACUAGUGCAUUGGAUGCUGAAUCUGAAAGAGUGGUUCAAGAUGCAUUAGACAAAGUCAUGGUCAAUAGAACUACGGUUAUAGUGGCGCAUAGACUAUCUACAAUAAAAAAUGCAGACGUGAUCGCGGUGGUCAAAAAUGGAGUGAUCGUCGAGAAAGGAAAGCACGACUCUCUGAUUAAUAUCAAAGACGGUUUCUACGCUUCCUUGGUUGCUCUUAACAUGAGCGCAGCUUCGUCGUAAUUAUGUUUUGUGCAACCGAUGUCGGUCGUGUCCUACUUUCCCAUGUAAUAUGUGACCAUACCAGUUUCUUUUGUAGGUGGUGUUCAUUUAUUUCCCUCAUGUAAAUCACCUGCAAGGUGAUGGGAGAGAAUGGUAAAAGUGCAUUGAAAACACGUGGCAAAUGGCAACUUUAAGAAUAAGUGUAUUCGUGACGGCAUGAUUGUGUAUGUCCUAUCUAAAGGGAAGGGAACUGUAACAAUAUGUUCGGCAUUGUUGAA